CACGCUUUAUGCAACUGUUUUGAAAUAUCGACAAAUCCCGUGUGCAGAUUCGGGCAAGGUGGACGGUGACACUACCCCGGUCCCGUCCGAGUCUGACCCGGGUACUGAAAGCCGCCAACACAUGCACUGUGUUGUGGGCGGGGCCCAUGCUUUUAUACUCAGGAUAUCCAGCUUUUUUGGCCUCGCACCUCUUCGUUUUGAGUCUCGGAGCACUGGGUUUACAGUUGGAAUAUCAAAUGCUAUGUGCAUAUACAGUUACAUACUGGUAACUAUAUUAGUGAUCUGCACAAUAUUCGGCCUGGUGGCGGAGAUCAACGUGGGCGUAGAUCUGUCAGUGCGUAUGUCUUCGCGGAUGUCCCAAUUCGUUGGCACUUGCGAUGUACUGGUUGUCGUUUUGACAGCUGGCGCUGGAGUCUAUGGCGCUCCAAAGCGGAUGAGGAAUAUGUUGAAGUUUAUGGAAAGUGUUGCUUCAGUAGACACCAGCAUCGGAGCGCAAUACUCGCUUGUGACUGAGAGGAAGCUUUGCGCCGUUUUGAUCGCGAUCUUGCUUUUCUUCUCCGUGCUAAUCGCCGAUGACUUCUGUUUCUACGCGCUGCAAGCCAAAAGAAUUGACAGACAAUGGGAUAUAGUGACAAACUACAUCGGCUUCUAUCUCCUGUGGUACGUCGUUAUGAUCCUGGAGCUGCAGUUCGCGUUCACUGCACUGUCAGUGCGUGCGAGGUUCCAGGCAGUCAACGGUGCCUUGGCUCUGACCGCCAAGCACAUAUCCAUCCCACUGGAGAAAGUCAAAGACCCGACUUCACUAAAUAUCUUCGCUAUACGAGUAGCAGCUGAGUCUCGAAGGUGUGCUAAUAACGUAAGCUUAUUAGUGGACACUUUGCCGGGAAAAGAAAAUGCAGUUAUUAUACGAAAAGCAGUAAGCGGUGAACCAAAACUUGUGGUGCCGCCAUGUGAGGCGAUCAGGCGACUGGCGUGCCUACACGGCGCCUUGUGCAACGUGGUGCACCGUAUAGGCAACAGCUACGGUCUGCCUCUCAUAGUAAUCCUCAUAUCUACGUUGCUGCACUUAAUUGUGACGCCGUACUUCUUGAUUAUGGAGAUAAUCGUAUCGGCACAUCGUAUACACUUCCUGGUGCUUCAAUUCCUUUGGUGCGUCACACACGUAUUACGCAUGUUCGUUGUAGUGGAACCAUGUCAUUACACCAUCACUGAAGGGAAAAGAACCGAGGGGCUGGUGUGUCGGUUAAUGACGUCAACGCCAUCUACCGGGAUGCUACCUUCACGGCUGGAACUGUUCUCGAGACAACUGAUGCUACAGUCCGUCAGCUAUACUCCAAUGGGGAUGUGUACCUUGGAUCGACCGCUAGUUGCCUCUGUCCUGGGUGCAGUGACCACUUAUUUGGUAAUAUUGAUACAGUUUCAAAGAUACGGCGAGUAA